UAGAGCGGGCGGGCGGCAAGGCGAGGUGAGCGCUGCACAGGGCCCUUACGCAGCAGCCUCAGCAUGUCGGACUUCCACGAGUUCGAGCAGCAGCUCAUGGAGAAUAAGCAAGAGCGAGACAAGGAGAACCGGCGCCGCAAGCGCAGCCACAGCCGCUCACGCAGCCGGGACCGCAAGCGCCGCAGCCGGAGCCGCGACAGGCGCAACCGGGACCAGCGGAGCGCAUCCCGGGACCGUUGGCGACGAAGCAAACCCUUGACCAGAGGCGCUAAAGAGGAGCGGGGUCGAUUGAUUCGCUCCCCGCGCCAUGAGAAGAGGAAGGUCCGCAAAUACUGGGACGUGCCGCCGCCCGGCUUUGAGCACAUCACGCCCAUGGAGUACAAAGCCAUGCAGGCUGCGGGUCAGAUUCCAGCCACCGCCCUCCUCCCCACCACCACCCCGGGCGGUCUGGCUGUGACCCCGACGCCGGUGCCUGCGGUGGGGAGCCAGCUGACCCGGCAGGCCCGGCGCCUCUACGUGGGCAACAUCCCCUUCGGCCUCACCGAGGAGGCCAUGGUGGACUUCUUCAACGCCCAGAUGCGCCUGGGCGGGCUGACGCAGGCCCCGGGCCACCCCGUCCUGGCCGUGCAGAUCAACCAGGACAAGAGCUUUGCCUUCGUGGAGUUCCGCUCCGUGGACGAGACCACCCAGGCCAUGGCCUUCGACGGCAUCAUCUUCCAGGGCCAGUCGCUGAAGAUCCGCCGGCCCCACGACUACCAGCCCCUGCCCGGCCUGUCGGAGAACCCCUCUGUCUACCUGCCUGGCGUGGUGUCCACCGUGGUCCCGGACUCUGCCCACAAGCUGUUCGUCGGGGGCUUGCCCAACCACCUGCACGAGGACCAGGUGAAAGAGCUGCUCACGUCGUUCGGGCCUCUCAAGGGCUUCCACAUGGUCAAGGACGGCGCCACCGGGCUCUCCAAGGGCUAUGCCUUCUGUGAGUACGUGGACAUCAGCGUCACGGAUCAGGCCAUUGCGGGGCUGCACGGGAUGCAGCUGGGGGACAGGACGCUGCAGGUGCAGAGGGCGAGUGUGGGCGCCAAGAAUGCCACGCCGAGCACCAUCCUCCAGACCCCCGUGAUCCUGCAAGUGCCCGGCCUGCUGAGCUCCCAGGUGCAGAUGGGCGGCCAGCCCACGGAGGUCCUGUGCCUCCUGAACACGGUGCUGCCCGAGGAGCUGCUGGACGACGAGGAGUACGAGGAGAUCGUGGAGGACGUGCGGGACGAGUGCAGCAAGCACGGGCUGGUCAAGUCCAUCCAGAUCCCCCGGCCCGUGGACGGCGUCGAGGUGCCCGGCUGCGGGAAGGUCUUCGUGGAGUUCGCCUCUGUGUGUGACUGCCAGAAAGCCAUGCAGGGCCUGACAGGUCGCAAGUUCGCCAACAGAGUGGUUGUCACUAAAUACUGUGACCCCGACUCUUACCACCGCCGGGACUUCGGGUAG